UAUCACCAGCACUAUUGCGUCGGCAAUGGAGGAGGAGGUCUGAACUCGGUCGUCAUGAACACGUUUGACGGCUGCGGUUCGUCGCGGGAGGACCGGGCGGAGACUCGUCGUCCUUGGGCCCGCUUCUCUUCGUGGCUCGAAUGCGUGUGUGUGGUGACCUUUGACCUGGAGCUCGGACAAGCCAUCGAGCUGGUAUAUCCUCGGCAUGUGAAGCUGACUGAGAAGGAGAAAACUAGCCUUUGCUACCUUGCCUUUCCGGACUCCUACUCAGGAUGUAUUGGGGACACGCAGUUCAGCUUCCGAAUGCGGCAGUCGGUCGGUCGCAGACAUUCCAGGCUCAGAGACGUCAUCUACAACAGAGAUGCUCCCGCCACGCUUCAGAGCGAAACGUCCCAUUUUUACGGCUACGUGUAUUUCAGACAAGUCAAAGAUGCGUCCGUGAAACGAGGAUACUUCCAGAAGUCGCUGGUUCUCGUGUCCAGGCUGCCGUUCGUUCAGCUUUUUUACUCCAUGCUUCACAUCAUCGCACCCGAGUUCUUCGACAAGUCCGAGCCGUGGCUGGAAACAGUGUGUAAUGAGAUCGACCAAUGGCCUUUCCUCGCUGCUGGGCUCACCUUUAACCUCCCCCUAGUGGGUGUGGUCUUACAGGUCACAAUUCCGUCUCAGAAUGACAAACCAGGAAGUCCAGUGAAAGCGGCGGCAAAGGAGAAUGUCGUACCCACACCGACUCUGCUGCCUUCUGUACACGAGCUGGACCUCUUCAAGUGUUUCCAGUCAGUCCUGAUCCAUCUGCAGAUGCUCUGGGAGCUCACACUACUCGGCGAGCCCGUGGUUGUCAUGGCACCAUCUCCCACGGUUUCCUCAGAAACAGUCUUAGCACUCAUCAGCUCCAUUAGUCCUCUCAAGUUCUGCUGUGAUUUCCGUCCGUAUUUCACCAUCCAUGAUUGCGAGUUUCGAGAAUUUACGACCAGGACGCAAGCACCGCCCAGCGUGAUCCUGGGCGUGACCAACCCGUUCUUCAUCAAGACCUUCCACAGCUGGCCUCACGUCCUGCGACUAGGAGAGACCAAGAUGUCGGAGCAAGCAAGCGUCCCCAAGCAACUGAAAUUAAAGAAAGUCUCCAAACUGAAGACGCUGGACACCAAGCCAGGAAUCUUCACAGCCUACAAAAGCUUCCUGCUCAAAGACAAGAUCCUCAUUAAACGGCUGUUGAAGGGCAUCCAGAGGCGGCGGCCAUCCGAGGUGCAGAGCGCCAUCUUGAGGAGACACUUUUUAGAGCUAACACAGAGCUUCAUCAUCCCACUGGAGCGCUACAUGGCCAGUCUGAUGCCGCUGCAGAGGUCGGUGACACCCUGGAAGACGCCCCCGCAGGUUCGUCCUUUCAGUCAGGAUGACUUCAUGUCUAUGCUGGAGCACAGCGGCCCUCAGCUGACCUCAGCACUUCGAGGUGAUUGGACUGGACUGUACAGGAAGUUCUUCAAAUCUCCAAACUUUGACGGAUGGUACCGCCACCGCCACAAAGAGAUGACACGCAAACUGGAGAGUCUCCACCUGGAGGUCAUCUGUGCGGCUGACCCGCUGGGAUGGACUCGAGACAAGUCAGAAGUGGAGAUUGUCGACCUGGUUUUGAAGCUCCGAGAGAAACUGAUUAAAGCCCGAAGUCAGCAGCUGCAGGUAAAAGACGACAUUUUGAACAAAUUGGACUUGUUGAUCACGUCCAUCAUGAGCUCCCUGCCUAAAGAGCUGCAAGAUGUCCUCAAAGCACAGUAACACACUCAGCAAGACCAUGUAAGUUGUGUGGGCGUCAUGUGACACACUGAUUGGAACGUGUAAGUUCAAUAAACGUUUACAUUAUUUUGUUUGCAA